AUGGCGGCAGCGGCCGCGUGCCCAGGCAGGUUGCGCGUCCCGCCGCCAGGGCGCAGCGUGGGCGCGAGGACGCCGCGCCGCCUCCACCGCCGCGCCAGUGGCGACCAAGCGCGCCGCGAGCGGGGACCGAGAGCGAGAGAGAGAGGAGCGGCCGGCGCGGGCGUGUUCGCGAGCGAGGCGUGCGUGAGAGGGAGGAGGAGGUCGAAGCGCGAGUGUGACGUGUGGGUGGUGCUCGAGUGUAGUGCGUCCGCGGGUCUUGCGACCACCGUCUUCCCCCUGCAGCAAGAGCGACGUCGCCGGAGGAACGAGCAGCAGGAGGCGUCGGCGUCCGCAAGGGCGGGCGCCAUGGCGCAGCAGAGUUGAGCUGAGCCGAGCUGAGCUGGACCGCGCAAGGCUGAGCGAAGAGGAAGGGCGCAAUGGCGGCGCUGUGCACGCACUUCGCGCAGAACGCGUGGCGCAAGGACCUGUGCGCCAACUGCUUCAAGUCGCGCGGCGAGCACGGCGGGGCGGCGGGCGCGG